AUGUGGGCAAGUGCAGAAGGAGGGUCUCCGGAGGUCACUCUAGAAACCUCCAUGGGCGCUUUCACUGUUGAGCUCUACUACAAACACGCACCAAGGACUUGCAGGAACUUCAUUGAGCUCUCUCGCAGAGUGCAAGGUGGAGAUCCCACCGGGACAGGAAGGGGUGGAGAAUCCAUUUAUGGUGCAAAGUUUGAGGAUGAGAUAAGAACAGAGUUGAAGCAUACUGGAGCUGGCAUCUUAUCUAUGGCGAAUGCUGGUCCAAAUACAAAUGGAAGCCAGUUCUUUAUCACGUUGGCGCCAUGCCCGUCACUGGAUGGAAAGCACACAAUAUUUGGAAGAGUGUGCAAAGGAAUGGAAAUCAUCAAAAGACUCGGCAGUGUCCAAACUGAUAAUAAUGAUAGGGGUUCAGACUGCUAG